CCACGGUCCAUGACUUGCGCAUUUCCAACAUACUUGUCCUGCCGGCGGUUACGAUAAUAACAAUAUUAAUGCAUUUUUUGUUUGUAUAUUUUUUUGUAUAUUUUUACUGUUUACUCCAUAGAGUUGUAUAAAAUAUGUCUAUGCUCCGUGACAAGUGAUAACGAUUGACGUCCCUCUAAUUCUGUGGUGGCAUAUCGAUUAAUUGUGAUCCGCGAGAAUUUACUUAUUUUCUCAUUACAGUAUUAAGUAUCAAGUAUUAAUAUUUUAUUAUCCUGGUAAUCAGAUGCCAAUAGGUAGUGCCAUUAGUCGUUAUGUCUUUGUAGUUUUUACACAAACGUAUUUCUAUUGCCUUUGCCCAUUUGUUGUUAGAUAUUAUUUCCAAAUCAUAUCCUCGACUCUUUUUUUGAUUUAUUCUCAAGCCCCAGACAUCGAAACGUAUUCAUUCUGUAGUUUUGUUGAGAUUAUUAUCACAAGACGAGCCAUGUCUGCCAGAGUGCCAAAGUCUCUGCAAGACGUCACAAUUACUGCGAGUACAAGUACAUCGGCAGUUGUAGGAGUCAUCAGUACUACUACUCCUGAACUUAAAUCACAAGAUGUGUGCAUAGCAGAAGGAUGCAAUAAUGCAUCUGUUCAACAUCCAGAAUGGGACAAUGAAUAUUGUAGUGUUAGUUGCACGUAUAAGCACUGCAAAGCCACAUUUUUAGAUUGGUUAGCAAAUAAUAGAUAUGCAAAAGCAAAAGCGUUGCAAGUGACUGUGGCUCAAGAAAACUCACCUGUUAAACCUGAUGAAGAAGAAUCAACCACUACAUAAAAUGAAGCUGUGUUUUCAUUAAUAUAUUUUUUUUGUAAAUAAAACAAUUAUUUAUGCUACUUCGCAUUACUAUUGAUUAAAAUUCAGUUAUUGUGAACAUUA